CCGCCCGCGCCGUCGCUCUCUCUCUCCACCCGAGACGCACCGCCCGACCCUUCUCGCGGACUUGUUAACGGGCUAAAGUGGGCCGACCUUCGUAGAGGCGCGGAGCAGCAGCAGCAGCGAGCGAGAAGAGAACAAGAGCGAGUCAGCUUUUGUCCCGGGCGGCGCGGAGGAAAACGAGAGGAGAUCGGGAAGCACGUUGAAAAUUGGCGGCAGGGGCGCUGCUGUUGGGAGCGAGAUGUUGUUAGCCGCGCCGGGACGCCGGUGGGGCCCGCGGCGGUGAGGACGCGGGCGUCCGCCGUCCUCGUCGGCCCCCGUCCCCGUCCCCGCGCCCCGUCCUCGUCCUCCUGGUCUGUCGCCUCGUCGCCGCCGUCAUGAACGCGACGGAGCUGGCCGCGCUGGCGGCCAACGCGACGGCCGUCAACGACUCCGACGCAGCGCUGGCCGUCACGGACGAGAUGGACCCGCAGUUCUACUCGUACCGCUACCGCAUCGUCGGCACGUUCUUCCAGGGCCUCGUGCUGCUCGUCGGGGUGCUCGGCAACCUCAUGGUCGUGGUGGUGGUGAAGCGCAGCCCCAGCAUGCGCAGUCCUACCAACUGCUACCUGGUGAGCCUGGCGGUGGCGGACUGCGUGGUGCUGCUGUCGUCGGUGCCGAACGAGCUGGUCAGCUACUACCUGGUGGGCAACCAGUGGCUGUGGGGGGAGCUGGGGUGCGCGGGCUUCGUCUUCUGCCAGAACCUGGGCAUCAACGCGUCGUCGCUCAGCCUGGUGGCGUUCACCGUCGAGCGCUACAUCGCCAUCUGCCAGCCCAUGCGCUCGCAGUCGCUGUGCACGGUGGCACGCGCCAAGCGCAUCACCGCGGCCGUCUGGGCGUUCGCGCUCGCAUACUGCUCGCCGUGGCUCGGCCUCACCACCACCAGGCCGCUGCGCUACCGGAAGCUGUGUUGGAGUGUGAAGAAAGCUAUUUACCUCAUCUCACCAAUAAUUUAGUUUAUAUUAACU